AUGGCAAAAGAAAAAAUUUUUCCUCAAUUUUGUUCAAUUCUAACUAAUUUGUCUUCUUCAAAAAUUGAUUUAAUUCGGUUUGAGGCUGUUAAAUUAACUUGUACAAUUUUUGAUUUUAAAGGAGAAUUUUGUGAGUUUUAUAUUUUUUUAAAAUAAAAUAUGUUGGUUUAGAUAUAGGUUGGGAUUAAAAAAUUCUGAUUUUCUUCUGGUUUUUGAACAUUUUUGUUUCUGAUUUUUUGUGAUUUCUGAUUUUUUAAUGCAUAUUCUUGUUUCUGAUUUUCUUCUGAUUUUCCUGUUCUGAUUUUUUAAUUCUGAUUUUCGUACGACUUUUUUUUCUGAUUUUUUUAUAUUUUUUUCUGAUUUUUCAUUAUUCUGAUUUUUCUUAAUUCUGAUUUUUC